ACCGCAAUCCGGCCCAUUAAACUCCAUACAAACAUGUCCUCUCUUGUCACACAAUCUCGACGCUAAAAAUGAUAGCUCGCCGGCGCCUUCUUUCUUCUCCGACCAUCUUGCGCCGUCUCUUUCCUCUUUAUCGGGAACCCCACCAUUUCCUUUCAUCUGUAUCUCAUCCCUCUGAUGUUGUCGUACAUACACAAAAGCAAGAAACAUUAACAACAGACAAGACAAUACCCAAUACUUUAAAUUCUCACAUUCCUCAACAUCACCUCGAAAAACCCAUUUCAAAGAUCCCUACUUUAUCUCAAGAACUCACUGACCCGACCCGGAUUACUGACCCUAUUGACCCGACCCGGCUCAGUGAUGCGCUGUUAACUUACAGAAAUGAUCCUGAUUCAGCUUUGAACUACUUCAAAUCAGUUGAAAUGAGGUGUAGUUCAGUUUUUUGGAAUGGCCCUUUUUGUGUAUUGUUUCACAUUUUAGCUAGUUCAGAGGCUCAUCAUAAUAUUCUUCGGAAAAAGAUUAAUGCUUUAGUUUGUCGAAGACGGGGUUUUGUUGGUCCAGGCAUUGUUGAUCAGUUGGUUGGUGUUGCGAAAAGGUUUGAUUUUGAGCUGAAUUCUGUUGUUUUUGGUGAAUUUUUGUUUUGUUUUAUUAAUGCUUGUAGAUUUGGCGAUGCUGUUAAGUGUUUUGGUAGAAUGGUAGAGAACGAUGUUGUGUAUUUCAAUCGGGAUGUUAGUUUUCUUUUGAGUAGACUUAUUGAUAAUGAAAGGUUUAGUGUGGCUCGCGGUUUGUAUGAUAAAUUGGUUGGGAGAGGAACUCAUGAUUGUGGGAUGUUGCUUCACAUUGUGCGUGCAUGUGAAAAUGAAAUGAAGUUUAGGGAUGCAGGGAACUAUUUAAAGGCAGCGAUUGAUAAUGGACUUAAACCUGAUGUGGAAUUGUAUACUAGGGUUAUUUUUGUUGUUUGUAAGGGACCAGAUGUGAAUUUUGCAUAUGAGUUGUGUAAUGAGAUGAAGGAAGCGGGAUUGACUCCUUCGAAGGAAAUAUAUAUGUAUUUGCUCGGUGCUUAUGUGAAUCACAGAGACAUGGUAGGUGCAUUAAAGGUUAAGGAUGAUAUGGUUGCUUGCGGGGUUCCCUUGAAGCUAAGAGUUGCGGAAAGAUUGAUGAAGGGAUGUAUUUUGGUCGGUAACCUGGAUAGUGCCAUAGGCUUGUUAGAAGAGAUUGUAAGAGACGGCCUUGCUCCAAAAGGACGCACUUACUCAAUUCUUAUUAGAGGGUGCUGUGAGCAUGGGAAUAUGAAAAAGGCGAAGGAGUUGUACAGCAGAAAGAAGCGCUUAGGUAUGAAACCAACCGUCUUUAAUGUUAAUUCUUUGAUUCGGGGAUUUUUAAAAGCUAACCUGUGGGAAGAUGCAGUCAAAGUGUUUCGCGUAGAGUGUGAUGUCAUCAAUGUUCUUUCAUACAGUCUUCUUAUAUCCUGGCUGUGUAAAGAGGGCCAGAUGAAUAAAGCUUGCAAUUUAAGGGAGGAGAUGUUCGUUAAGGGUUUGGUACCGAGUGUAGUAGCUUGUAGGAAUAUGGUACGUGGCUUGUGCAAAGUUGGCCGAACAUCUGAGGCCUGGAAUACACUGAAGAAGUUACUGAAGGAUGGAAUUUCCUUCAACAGGAAGAUGUACAAUAAUGUUCUAAUUGGUUUUCUCAAGGAAAAUGACUUUGUUUCUACGUUGGCCGUCGUCUCUUCUGAAGUGCGUGAAAGUGGGUUCUAUCCCAAAAUCAGUACCUACAAAACUUUGAUUGAUGGGCUUAUUGAAUGCAACAGCAUAAAUCUAGCUAUAAAUUUGAUGAAUGAUAUGAGAAACAACAGUCUUAAAUUGGGUGUUACUUCGUAUGGUGUCCUCAUAGAUGGAUUCUGCAGAUGUAAUGACAUGGGAAGCGCACAAGAAGUGUUCGAUGAACUUAUUCGAGUUGGAUUAUCGCCGAAUACAGUUGUUUAUAAUUGUAUGGUCAGGGGAUUCAUGCAUGUUGAUAACCUUGAUGCUGCAGUUACCUUCCAUAAGAAAAUGAUUGAUGACGGGAUUCCAUGCGACUUGGAAACAUACACCAUUUUGCUUGAAGGGUUACUAAGAGAAGGAAAAUUACUUCCUGCGUCAAAUCUUUAUACGGAGAUGCUUGGCAACGGGAUCAAGCCAGAUGUGAAAACCCAUAGUGUUCUUGUAAAUAAAUUAUGUAAUAGGCAACAGCUAGAUAAUGCAAGACAAGUGCUAAAAGAGAUGAAAAGUACUAGUAUUGUUCCAACUGUUCUUAUAUAUUACACAUUAAUUGCCGGAUACUUCAGGGAGGGGAAUAUGCAAGAGGCGUUUGAUUUGCAUGAUGAGAUGCUAGACAGUGGUCUUUCACCUGAUGACACAACUUAUGAUAUUCUUGUCCAAGGAAAAGUUAGUGGGGAUGGUUCCCUGGCUAAUCGCUAUGCUCCUGUAGACCAGGUGGAGGCUUACUAACUGAAGCCAUAGUAUCAAGGAAGUAGUUUUAUUGUUCGACAAAGUCUUUAUAAGUUUAUCUUUACAGAGUCCUUUUUAUUUAAGUAUCUUUACGGAGUCCUUAUGUGAUGCCUACGAAUGAAGUUUCAUUGCUCGACCAUUGGGUUCCAGACUGAGACUACAUGGUAGCAUGAAGAAAAUACACGAAGUCCCCUCUUCCAGAUUAUGCACUUCCAAGUUCCAUUUGUUGUUACAAAUACAUCUUGAAAAUCCCUCGUUAAAGGUUGUACCUGAUAGGGAAGAAAGAAUAGUGAUAAUAAUGAAUAAGGUUCUCCUCAACUCUCUUCAACAGUAGCUAUGGUCUUUCAUUCUUCAAGGCUUCUCUUCUCAAGUUUCUUUCAGCAUCAGCUAUGGUUUAUCUUCAGAUGUUUGAAUAUUUCUCCGUCGCUUACUCAAGUCAUGCCUCGAAGAAAUAUUUACCUACAGGGCAUAACUUUGCUAGCGGAUCUCAGAUCCCCUCUGAUCUCCUAUGACAAUGAAUACAGAAAAACAUGCUGCGUGAAAGAUGAAACCCUUUAAUAUUUUUGUGAUGAUAAAGAAGCUUCAUCUUUUGAGUACUGUAUGUGCAAAUGGUUCUUUCUGCAAA